ACUCGAGUGAGCUAGAGGUAGGCACCGAUGAUGUAUACCUUUCAAAAUUUCUAAGCUACUGCGGUUGGCAAGUCAAAGAGGCUUUUGAAGCCAUUAAUCGAUAUUACGACUUCAAACACCACAAUCCAACCUGGGUAGCACAGCAUCCAGUAGUUUAUUUUAAGGACAUGAUAUAUCAUACUCUUUGCAAAUAUAUAAUGCCUAAACCAGACAAGGAUGGACGUAUCAUAUUUGUAUCUAAAACUGUUGAUGCAUUUAAAAUAUUUCCCAAUUAUAUAAACGACAUUAUAGAAUUGGAUGAUUUGAUUUUCGAAUCGAUUUUACUUCUGCCUCAGGUACAGAAAUAUGGCCUCACAGUUAUAAGCGAUUUGAGUGGCGCCAACAAACGCUUUCUGCGCUUCGCCUCUCCUGCUAUGGCCAAAAUUGUGAAUGCCAAAAACGAAGUAUUGCCAUUUACAUCGCGCAUUGUACAUGUCAUCCAAAAGGGUAUGUUUUUGAACGCCACAACCAAUCUGAUGAUGUCCUUUGCUAGUAAAGAGUUUAAGGAAAGGAUUCAUAUCCAUGAUGGAAAGAAUUUUGAAAAAUUACGGAAUAUGGUAGGAUAUGGGAAUUUACCAGCCGAGUACGGUGGUCCUAAGGAGAAUGAAUUGGAUGUCAAUAUUUUAUAUGAGCACUUAUUGCGCCACAGCAGCUAUCUUUCGCAACUUCAAAGCUACCGGAAAAAAUUUGUUUCGUAAAUUUGGAUUCUGUAUAGUAAGAUGUUGGCAAAAAGAAUGAAAACCUAUGUUUAAUAAUUUUAAAUCAAAUGUUUGUGUUCUAGUAAAAAAUG